GCGGCGGCGGCGGGAGCGCGGAUCCUGGAGCAGUGAGAGAGAGAGACAGGGAGCGCGCAGAGUCCCGGUGACCACACGGCUCUCGGUGUCCGCGGCGCCGCUUCUCUUCCUCCGGUUGUUGGACUAUCGCUACGGGGACGUGGGUUUUUUUUUUUUUUCAUCCGGCGACCGGCACACACACACACACACGGACGCACGGGGCCUCCAACGCUGUCCACCAUGACGGGGAGCAGGGAGGAGGAGAGGAGGAAACUGGCCGACAUCAUCAACCACUGGAACGCCAACCGGCUCGACCUGUUCGAGAUCAGCCGCCCCACAGAGGACUUGGAGUUCCAUGGCGUCAUGCGGUUCUACUUCCAGGACCGGGUUGCAGGCAACUUUGCCACCAAGUGCAUCCGAGUGUCCAGCACCGCGACAACGCAGGACGUCAUCGAGACGUUAGCCGAGAAGUUCAGACCAGACAUGAGGAUGCUCUCUUCGCCAAAAUACUCCCUGUACGAGGUCCACGUCAGUGGGGAAGAGCGUCAGCUGGACCUGGACGAGAAGCCUCUUGUUGUUCAGCUGAACUGGAACAAAGACGACCGAGAAGGACGCUUUGUCCUGAAGAAUGAGAACGACAUCCUGCCCAAGAAGAGUCAGAGCAACGGGCCAGAGAAGGAGGGAGUGAUUCAGAACUUCAAGAGGACUCUGUCCAAGAAGGAGAAGAAGAAGGAGAAGAAGAGGGAGAAGGAGUUUGCCCGGAUCCCCGAUGGAGACGAGAUGCUCAACCGGGAGGACGGGGAAAACAGUCGUCUGGCGGCAGAGGUCUACAAGGACAUGCCCGAGACCAGCUUUACCAGGACAAUCUCCAACCCAGAGGUGGUGAUGAAGAGGAGACGCCAGCAGAAGCUGGAGAAACGCAUGCAGGAGUUCAUGAGCAGCGAUGGGAGGCCUGACUCAGGAGGUACUUUGCGGAUAUACGCAGACAGUCUGAAGCCCAACAUCCCCUACAAGACCAUCCUGCUCUCCACGAGAGACACAGCCGACUUCGCCGUGGUGGAGGCGCUGGAGAAGUAUGGACUGGAGAAGGAGAACCCCAGAGAGUACUGCAUCGCCCGGCAAGAUGAUAAAUCAGGCAAAGACGCGAUUCUGGAUGAUGGCGAGUGUCCGCUGCAGAUCUUCAGGGACUGGCCGGCUGACAGAGGAGCAUUAGUUUUCCAGCUGAAGAAGAGACCCCCUGACUACCCGGGGCGGAAGGGAAGGAAGGUGGACGACAAGAGCCUCCGAGGGAAGGAGAGCAGCAGCAGCUCACUGCCGCCUGAGAAACUGCCUUAUCUGGUGGAGCUGAGUCCAGGGCGAGGGAAUCACUAUGCCUACUACGCAUAUCGCCACCACGAAGACGGGUCGGACUCACGGGACAAACCAAAGCUUUACCGGCUUCAGCAAAGCAUCACCGAGGUCGGCUCGGACUGCACAGAAGACGGAGCCAUUCAGCUGCUCGGCCCGGGGAUCCUUCCCCAUCACUGCAACCUGAUGCACAGUGAAGGGAUGGUGACCGUGACGCCACACGGCCCCGACGCCGACACCUUCGUCGACGGACAACGCAUCGCUGAGACGACGGUGCUGCGUCCGGGCUCCACCCUCCAGUUCGGUUCUGUUCACGUCUUCAAGUUCGUGGACCCGAUGUUCGACCAAGGAGGGAAGAGGGAACCGGCGGCUAUGAUGAGGACCCGACACAAGUCUGGCAGCGUACCAGAAACCACCUUCGACCUUCGGGACGUCCACGGUGGAGCGGCACUGCCUACCAGCAAGAGCUCAGGAAAACUGGAAAUGGAGCGAGGGAUGGUCAAACCCAUGAUCAGAGGAGAGCAACAGGACAGCAGGUCUCAGGACAUUUCAGCAGACAGGACAGAGUUGACUCUGCCGGCCGGCAUUGAGUUCAGAGACAACUCUGAAGACACCUUCCUGUCGGCCAUCAUCAACUACACCAACAGCUCCACCGUUCACUUCAAACUCUCGCCCACGUACGUCCUGUACAUGGCCACCCGCUAUGUCCUGUCGCCGUCGUACCGGCCGGACAUGUCGCCCUCCGAGAGGACGCACAAGGUCAUCGCCAUCGUCAACAAGAUGGUGAGCAUGAUGGAAGGCGUCAUCCAGGAGAUUCCUGAAGGGGAUCAGAAGCAGAAGAACAUCGCAGGAGCGCUGGCCUUCUGGAUGGCCAACGCCUCGGAGCUGCUCAACUUCGUCAAGCAGGACCGAGACCUGAGCCGCAUCACGCUGGACGCCCAGGACAUCCUCGCCCAUCUGGUCCAGAUGGCGUUCAAAUACCUGGUUCACUGUCUCCAGGCCGAUCUGAAUAACUAUAUGCCUGCCUUCCUAGACGACCCAGAGGAGCACAAUCCACAGAGACCCAAGAUAGAGGAUGUCCUGCACACGCUGACGGGGGCGAUGUCGUUACUGCGGCGGUGUCGGGUCAACGCCGCUCUGACCAUCCAGCUCUUCUCGCAGCUCUUCCACUUCAUCAACAUGUGGCUGUUCAACAAGCUGGUGACGGACACGGACUCGGGGCUGUGCUGUCACUACUGGGGCGCCAUCCUCCGACAGCAGCUCAGCCACAUCGAGGCCUGGGCCGAGAAGCAGGGCCUGGAGCUCGCCGCCGACUGCCACCUCAGUCGAAUCGUACAGGCCACCACCCUGCUGACCAUGGACAAGUACUCCAUGCAGGAUGUGCAGAACAUCCACAACACCUGCUUCAAGCUCAACUCCCUGCAGCUCCACGCCCUCAUGACCAACUACCACUGUGCUCCAGAUGAGCCUUACAUCCCGCCUGAGCUGAUCGACCACGUGGUGGCGGUGGCGGAGAACACGGCGGACGAGCUGGCGAGGAGCGACGGCAGAGAGGUCCAGCUGGAGGAGGACCCAGACCUCCAGCUGCCCUUCCUCCUCCCUGAGGACGGCUACUCCUGCGACGUGGUGCGCAGCCUCCCCAACGGCCUGCAGGACUUCCUGGAUCCGCUGCUGCAGAGAGGAUUUUGUCGGUUAGUACCACAUCCUCGUUCGCCCGGCACCUGGACCGUUCACUUUGAAGGAGCCGAGUGUGAAACCCACUUCUCUGCACUCGACCAGUCUGAGAUGCCAAUGAGGAAAGACCCGGAGGUUGUCACGGUAACCCUGAAGAAGCACAACGGCAUGGGCCUCAGCAUUGUGGCCGCCAAGGGUGCUGGUCAGGAGAAGUUGGGCAUCUACAUCAAGUCCGUGGUCAAAGGAGGAGCAGCUGACGUGGACGGUCGUCUGGCGGCAGGUGACCAGUUGUUGAGUGUGGACGGGCGCAGUUUGGUCGGCCUGUCACAAGAGAGAGCGGCCGAGCUGAUGACGAGAACGGGCUCAGUGGUGACUCUGGAGGUCGCCAAGCAGGGCGCCAUUUACCACGGGCUGGCUACUCUCCUCAACCAGCCGAGCCCCUUGAUGCAGAGAGCGUCGGACCGAGGCCGUGAGAAGAACGGGAAAUUGCGACCAAAGAGCGAAGGCUUCGAGUUGUACAACAGCUCGGUGCAGAACGGCUCUCCGGAGUCUCCGCAGGCCGGCUGGGACUGUUACCCCGAACCAAAGAAGAUGAGCAGCGAGGACCGGCUUCUGAAGAACCGCGCCGACCACCGCUCCAGCCCCAACGUAGCCAAUCAGAGCCAGAGUCCUGCAGGAAAGGCCGUGUACCCCGGAGGACCCGGCACGAAGAUCACCUCCGUCUCCACCGGCAACCUGUGUGCCGACGAUGACCCCUCCCCUCCCCAUCCAGAGGCCUACCCCAUCCCCACCCAGACCUACCCCAGGGAGUACUUCACAAUCCCGGCCUCCAAGAGCCAGGAUCGGGUCGUGGGUCCCGGGCAGGGGCCGCCACAGCACUGGCAGGGCAUGGAGGACAGAGAACGCCUCCCUGUGGUGGAGAACAUCCACAACAGCAUGCAGCGGGUCAACCACUCUCAGGAGGAGCUGUACCCUCCCCCAGGAGGUCUGAGGCCAGACGAGCGCAUGCAGCCACACUACCAGCAGGAAUACCAGCUCCGGGAUCUGGACUACCAGCACAGAGACGUUGACUACCAGCGAGGUCCACCAGGAGGUAUGAUGGGUCCUGACCACUGGGCCCCUCAGCCUCAGGUGUCCUCCUCGUUGGAGUCUUCCACGUCCAGCCAGGAGCACCUCAACUUCUCAGCCUCCUCCUCCUCUUCCAACAAGAACCCGAACCAGAAGACCGGGCCGGGCCGAUGGAAGACACCCAACGCCCCACACUCAGCGCCGCCGCAUCCGGCUCAGACGCCCUCGCGCUCCGACCUGCCCCCUCCCCCACCUCCGCCGCCAGCCCCUUACCCCGAAGUGUACGACCCAUACGACCCCCAGCCCGAACUGCCGCUCCCACCGCCGCCCGCUGCCAUCACACCCGCGGCAGCUCAACAGGCGGCCGACCGCAAGAAACGUGAAGAGCAGCAGCGGUGGUAUGAGAAGGAAAAAGCUCGGCUGGAGGAGGAGAGGGAGAGGAAGAGGAGGGAGCAGGAGAGGAAGCUGGGUCAGAUCCGGGCCAACCCCAUCAUGCCCGUCCAGCCUCACAACAACGGAGGAUCCAUGCCCCCUCCUCACCACCAGCCCUCUAUGGCAUCGGUGGCCCCACCUCAACCCUACCUGCCCCCCCAGCCACAACCUCCACCUCCUCCCGCCAGACCGGAGAAGCUGGCCACUCUGCCACGGUCGGCUGUUCCUCCACCUGCCAGUGCCUCCCACCCCACCGGAAUGGACACAGUGAUCAGGGAGCUUCUACCGCAGCAGCAGCCACGGACCAUCGAGCGGCGAGACCUGCAGUACAUCACCAUCAGUAAGGAGGAGCUGUCCACCAGCGACAGUCUGUCCCCAGACCCCUGGAAGAGAGACGCCCGCGAGAAGGCGGAGAAACAGCAGCAGCUUCACAUAGUGGACCUGCUGGACAAGGAGAUCCAGGACCUGCAGGCGAAGCCGGAGCGAACGGCGGAGGAGAGCGACCGCCUCAGGAAGCUGAUGCUGGAGUGGCAGUUCCAGAAACGACUGCAGGAGUCCAAGCAGAGCGACGAGGACGAGGAGGAGGAGGACGACGAGGACGUGGACACCAUGAUGAUCAUGCAGAGGCUGGAGGCCGAGAAGAGAGCCAGGCAGACUGCUGUCCCAGCUAUCUCUGUUCUAGACUUGUUGCAGGACGAGGAGCGGCGGCGUAAGCAGCAGCUGGAGGAGAUCCGUAAGCGGGAGGCGGACGAGCGAGUGAAGCAGGAGGAGGAGAGGAUGUGGAGGGAGGAGGAGCGAGCCAAACGAGAGGCCGAGGAAAAGAGGAGACAGGAGACGGAGUACUACACUCGCCUGGAGGCCGAGCGGCGCCGGCAGCACGACGAGGCCGAGAGAAAGCUGCUGGAGCCCGACGACCCGGCCGGUCUGUAUCGACCCCCGCUGCCCCGGGACUACCAGCAACCCGCCCCCAACAACCCUACUAAACCCCCGCCCCCACAGAGAAACACCUCCUACCUCAAAACCCAGGUCGCCUCCCCCGACACGCUCUACACCGCCACGUUUGUCUCCUACGAAGGCGACGAGGAGGAAGAUGAAGAAGGCAAGGAAGCCCCCCGAGCAGGGCGUGGCGGCGGCGGCGGCGGGCACUUGGGUCAGGUGAAGCUGUCGGCGACCCGGAAGUCGUACGGCGACCUCCCGGCCUCCGCCUCACCCAACCACAGCAGGCCCCAGCCGCCGCCCACUGCGCGCAAGCCCCGCCCUCUUUCUGACGGCAUCUUCCUGUCUAGCUCGUUCCAGCCGCCAGUCAACAACUCCAACAGUACAGGCCCCCCCCUUCCUGCCAAACCCAGCUCCGUGCCCCCGGGAGGCUUUAAAGGAUUUAACUCGUACACUGGAAACUCAGCAGGAGUUGUAGGAUCGGGAGAAGUCUACAAGGACAAAUGGACAAAGAGUCAGGAGCAGGAGAACGCGAACCCCGGCAGCAAUCCGGAGAGUAUGACCUUCAAGGAGCGCCAGCGCCUCUUCUCUCAGGGGAAGGAAGUUUCCAACAAGGUCAAGGCGUCGCGCAAACUCAUGGAGCUGGAGAACGAGCUCAACACCAAGUAGACCCCCCCCCCCCCACCCCCUCACCCUCCCAGCGCCACCUUAACACCAGCGUCACCACGGUAACGUUAAGGUGCUCCUGGGACGACAAAGAAAGAACGAGCACUGCGCUCCGAGCGUCUCCUCCCGUUUGUUCCCCCGUUUUUACUUUUUUUUUAUUUUAAUCAUCAGAUAACUGGACGGUUUCUCGACGUAGCUUUAUCGUUGCAAUAGAAGAGACGUUUAAAAUUCCCUUCCCCUCAUUACGGUCUGUCAAGGAUGUAUAAUGAUGAAGCACUGUAAAAAAGUUUUAAUUAUAUCUAGUGAGAAUUUGAGAACCACACGACAAAGGGGAUAUAUUUUUGUUUGUAAAGUGGUUUUUGGGGCCGAGGGACAAAUGUUUAUUCUCAUUUUAACUUUUUUUGUUGUUUUUUUUAAAUAGCUAACUGAAAUAUGAACAAUUUUAUGGUAUUGUUUUAUGCUCUUUUUUUUUUUCUGCAUCACGUUGUUUUCACACUUUUAAUUCCUUCUCGCCCGAAGCGGAGCUCCUCCUCCUCCUCUUCAUCAUCAUUAUUAUUAUUAUUUUUUAUUUUCUUGUUUUUUUUUAAAAGAUUAAAUUCUCAGUGAGUGGAAACACUGUUAUUUCAUUCCGUAGCAAGAAAGCAUGGGAUUUUCUUUUUGUGAUGUUUUAGAUAAAACUCUGAGGGAUUCUCCAGAGAAGGAUCUUAAAGUGCACAACAUUACUGUAAAUAUCUGGGUCCACGACUGUCUCACUCUUUUACUACUGUAGGAACCUGCCAGGCUUCGAAAAAACUGCUAAACUAAUGUGAUUCAACAGCAUUUUGGCGACAGGAAGUCCAACAGGAAGUCCGUCCGCAGCUGGACGGGCUCCCUGCUGCUGGAGCUCCAUUUUUUUUUUAAAUGUUUCGCCCCAAAACCUGAGGUGACUGUAAUUUUUAUUUUGUUUUUAAAUCAUUUUUUUCUUGCCGAGUUGUGUGAAAUUAAUUGGACUGAUUAUAAAUUCAAGCCAGAAACAGGAACUCACUUUCACUCACAAUGUGAUUCAUGUUGGUUUUCACGAUAAUAAUAAUAAAAAAAAAAAAAACGAGAAACAAACAAACGCUCUUUAAUUCUUUUGCUCCUUUUGCUUUACAGAUAUUUAUUUCAAACUCUGUGGGGGGGGAAACGGCACUUGCACAAAAUAACUUGUUUUAACUAUUAAAUGUUUCUGAGAAGUGGAUCACACUCGUACGUCUGAAAAGUUGUUUUCACACCAGUCGCAGGAUGUUUCGUGUUUUUAAGUUGUGAUUGUGACAAAUAUACAGACACAAAAAUAUCCAUAAUGAUAUUCACCACCACCACAGCUGCUGUGCUGAUGUAGAAAAGAAACGCUCCUCAAACCAAACACCUCCUCUGCAGUUUCCUCCAGUGACUCCACCCGCCGGUGGGUUUAUUAGAUUCUUCUCUCCCGGAGCCUCAGAUUCUACACCAGAAAAUAAGUGACCUGUAAAAAAAAACACCACAUCUGUGUCUCCUCUCCCCCCCGACGACGACAACGACUCCUUUCCAGGUUUCAAAAUGAACUGAAUCAUUGAAAUGGUUUCAUGUUUAGCCUUUUUGUAAAUCAUUAAUAAAUACAGAUUUUUCAACAGUG